GACAAGACACUUUUGCGAGUUCUCGACUCACCUGAUGGCCCAACCCUCGAUGAGACACGCCGAUACCCGCACCUCACGGAACUGGACUUUAAUUGGCACGGCGCGAAGGCAGACAAGGACAAAUACAGUCUCCAUUGGAUUCCUGAAGCCUUUCCCAAUUUGGUGAAACUAAAGUUUGCCUUGUGCAGUAUAUGGGACGAUGAUACUUUGCCGGAUACGGCUACAAUGCGAGCACAUUACCAAACCCUAGUGGCAAAUCUCCCACGACUGCGAAAAUUAGCUAUCACAGAGAACGACGAAUAUGACCCUGAUGAGGAAGAAGAUCUCGUUCACUAUCUCGGCGGAAUCCAGCCGUCUCUGGACCAAAUCGAGUUUGUCUGGCGAAACCUUCCAAAAGACACAGAGUCUGACGAUCCACCGACUUCUGCGCAUUGGUUCAAAUCCAUUUACAUCCCUGUUAGCGACGAAGUUUUGGCGAUAGCUUCCGAAAAGCGUAUCACUAUCGAUUGGUAUCCGGAUUCCGCGGGCAAGCACCGAUACAAUUGGUGGCUUGGGCGAUUCGCCCCCUCAAGAAGAAGGGAGAAAGAGAACAUAAAACAGGUCGUCGUUUCUGACGAUAUCAAAACUGAUUAG